AUGAUUUUACUCUUGAGCACACUUAACCUUCACCCUAACUGCUACAGUAAUGAGGACAAUCAGUCAGUGUGCUCACUUCCCGAGAUCCCCGCGGAGAGUCAUAACUUUUUAUCACCCAGUCAUGAGAAGUUAACUUACAAUAAAACUGUGGAUGAUGCUGUGAGCAUUAAGCCCAAGAAUCUGACUGAGACUGAAGAGUGGAUCAUUUCACCCAGUCAGCCAAAAACAGAGUUUGUUUGCCUGCAGGAUUCUAAAGCGUCAAGAACCAGCAGCUUUCUAGAGCUGAAAUCCUUAAGGCGGGCGCUGUCUCCCUCACGAGUGGAGGAAUGCCAGGAAGACUUCUUCCAUAAUCCUGAAGAUGCCAUAGACCAGCCAGAAAUCCUCACUUCCUGCGCCAUCACAAAUACCAUGCACAACCUCCUGGCUCAUCUCCAACAUGCUGACGUCUUAGUAGAUGAUCGAGAACCCUACCAGGCCUGUUCCUUAAGUGCCCUUAAAAGCUCCAUCGUGGAUAUGGGCCUCAUCCAUCUCUCCCAACGAUCCCGGCAGCUCCAGAAUCCUGCUGGUUCCCAGUCCAGCCCCGUCCACACCCAGCAGCUCAGUCUUUCUCAGCAGUCCAGACACCGGUCCUCCAGCGAGUCCAGGAUCACUAGCACAAAAGAAGCAGUGUGUUUCCGGACCACCUCAGACCGGGUGGGUCACUGUAAGCUGGGCAGCUGGUGGAAACAGGCGCUGGAAACUCGACGGGCUUCAACCGGACUGCUUCCUGCUUUAGAGCAGGUUUCUCCUACACGAGAAAAACGGACAUUUCCUGUUGCACGAUGUCCCCAACCUCAUUGGCUUGGAAGCUUCUUAGAUCUUCCAUCCAAUCCAAGAGUGGAAAAACGAGAGGGCAAACAGGAAGAGAAAGAUGAAGUAACAGGCUGGAGAGGAUCUCUUAAAGUGACCAUUAAUCAGAUUGAUCAUAGACCAACUUCACAUCAAGGCCAUCGACGAAAAAUGAGGAAACAAAUCAAACGAGCUUAAAAAAUAAAUAAAUAAAAAAUAGCAAAUGCUGUUUGCAUAUAUAGGGAACUAAGUGACUGUUGCAAUCAUAAGUUUAACAUAUUAUACAUUAAUUAAAGGGUGUUAUUACAAUUGUCAUAUGUAAAUGUUUAGUUGAUCAAAAUAUCACAAUAAAGUCAUGUACAAAACUUAAACUGAUGGGGAAAAAAUG